UCUCUGACAUGGUCUUACAGUCACUUUUCUGUGAUUACAGUAAUAAUUAUCUCAAGCGCGUUUAAAUAAAACUUAAAAUGUUAGGUAAAACAACAAUUUGUAACUCAUUGGUACUCACUUAUCAAUGUCAUUAGUAUUAAUUUCUACUUGUGCGUCUGUUAUUGAAGAUUAUUUGUUUGUAUAACUAUCGGAACAAAUUUUACCGCAGAAUGCUAGCGGCGAUUAUUCAUCUAAAUUUGCAAUAUUAAUUAAUAUGACAUUAAUUAAUUUUUAUGUUAGUUUUUUAAAAAAAUAAGGAUAAUUUUACCUUUAUUUCUUUUUACAUAUUUUGUGAAUUCUAAAUUAAAUCAGUUUUUUGUGCUAUUUUAUUUGAUAAGUAUACAGAUAUUUGAUAAUAUAAAAAGGAUUAUACUCAUAAAUUAGUCAUGGAUUUCAUCAAGACAUCAGUAGUUUUUGUUUCAAUUUGUACCUAUAUAGCAGCAUCAGAUAUUGAUUUAUUACCACUAGAUGAAGAUGAAUCAAUGUCAGUAACAUCUGAAAAGAAUUUUAUAAAACAACCUGUUGUUAGUCUAGGAUUCGUUCAUGCCUUUGUAAAAUCUCUUUCAAUGAUUGUUGUGUCUGAACUGGGCGAUAAGACAUUUUUCAUUGCUGCUAUAAUGGCUAUGCGACAAUCGAGGUUUACUGUUUUUGCUGGUGCAAUAUCUGCUCUUGCCCUGAUGACAGUUUUAUCAGUUCUUUUUGGGCAGGCUGCUACAAUUAUACGAAGAGAGUAUACUUAUUAUAUAUCCGCUGCAUUAUUUGCCCUUUUUGGUAUCAAAAUGUUACGUGAAGGCUUUAAAAUGUCACCUAAUGAAGGUCAAGAUGAGCUUGAAGAAGUUCAGGCUGAUAUCAGACGAAAAGAAACUGAGAUAAAACGAGUACAUACAAAAUUUUUUAUAAAGGAGGAUCAAAAAAUUUCCAGGGAUGGACAUAUCUCCUCCUUGCCCCUCCAAAUGACGCUCAUGAAUGAGAAGGAUAAGAAAGAAACUUCACCUGUUACACAAAAUGCUGAUGAAUUAUCUACCACACCUCCUGUGGUCAAUACCAUUAUCCCAAAUGUUGACAAUGAUACAAAGGAAAUUGAUAUUGAAAAUCAAUCUCCAAGACAAUGGCAGCUUAGGCUGGGUAGUAAAAGCCUAUUAUUAAUAUCUCAAACUUUAAUUCAAGCAUUUACCAUGACAUUCCUAGCAGAAUGGGGAGAUCGUAGCCAGAUAGCCACUAUUAUUUUAGCAGCAGGAGAAAAUGCAUAUGGUGUUGCACUUGGAGGGAUUUUAGGUCAUUCAUUUUGUACAGGUUUAGCAGUUAUAGGUGGACGAUACAUUGCUCAAAAAAUAUCUGUUCGCACUGUAACUGUUGUUGGUGGUAUAGUAUUCAUAAUAUUUGCACUAACUGCUUUAAUGUUUGAUCCUAAUGAAGGAGAAACAUAAUAGUAAAUUUUAACAUUGCUAUGGGAAACUACAAGCUUCUUCAAUACAAUAAAAAGACUAAAUCACUCAGGAAAUUCAUACAUAAAAAUAUUAUUUAUUUAUUUAAUGCAAAUUUAAACUUUGUAUUGAAUUAUAAUAAAAAAUACAAACUGAGUUGUUUAUAACUAUACUUUUAAAAAUUAAGUUUGUUUUGAUACAUUUUUGUUGAAGUUGAUCAUUACUGAUAAAGCUAAUAUGUUACCUAUUCACAAGGGCAGUGAUAUAACUAAAAUUUUAUUAAUAUAAAUUUGUUAUUGUUGUAUUUUUUAAUUGACCAUAGUUUUAAGCAAUUUUAUUUUAUAAAAUUUACCUGUAAAACUUAAAUAUAAAAAUUAUAUAAGAAAAGUAUUCUAAUUUUUAACUGUUAAAUGUGUGUUACCUAUAGUGAUACCAUAAUUAUUCAAGUUUUACAUCAAUGAUCUUUAUUUACAUUUUAUGUUGGUCGUUUAAAAUGUUAAUUUUGUUUGAUAAUGCAUUUAAAAGUAUUGCCUUAUAGUACUUAAAUUUGUUAACU